AUGGUUUCCGUCACUUUUGAAGAGCUCCAUGGGGAGGGCGAUGACUUGAGCAGCACCACCCUCGACCUUUUACCAGAGACCAAGCUGACCGACGUGGUCGCGGUGUUGAAGAGCGAGGGAUAUCGUGCUCCUGACGCUUUUGUCCGGGCGAGGCAAGAUGGAAGCCGCGGCCCUCAGUAUAUCCCCGGGAAUGUCUAUGACCUCGAGGAUCGGCUCCAGAGACUGGAAGUUACAGCUGACUGUCCGUCAAGUUUCGUUGAGCAACGCAUCAAUAUAGACGACACAUUCCUGCACUAUACCAGCCUCGGUAGGCCCGGAAUUGAGCUGUCGGCUCAAUUGGCGGACGGUCAGAAGAUACUGAUUGACGAUAGCCUGGAGCUUGAAUUUCAUCGCACCCUACGCAUGCCGGACGAUAACAAGAUCCAUCCACUCCCGGCUUCACAAGGUCGCUUUCCUCUAUACAACGUCGAUGCUUUUGCGUCUCGCCUACCGGAGCGGAUAACCAAGCGAGGUGGCGUAUUCUUCCCGAUGUGGCAGCGUGAGGCUCUCUGGAUCAACUUUCACAACCGCAAUCGAAAAAAGCACUACGCAAUUCGAGUCAAUGUGGGCAACGUCAACGCCAUCAGUGGCCUCGACAUCUACGAAACGACUGGUAAACAAGAUUACAUUGUCGUGCCCGGGCAAGACUGGUUAGACGGCAUUGCGGUGGGACCAGGGGUUGUGCGUCAGUUUGUUGCUAUGCCUCUCGGCUCUGGCUAUACUGUUGAGGGUCAGGUCACAGGCAAGGAAUCUGUUGGUGGGAUCCAGAUCGAGGUUAUACCUUCUCAUGAACGAAAUCAGCACACGUUUGCAUACACAAGUAACCAAGGCCAACGCCUGGCUAUGGAGGAGCACGGUACUCCACACGACUACUACCUGAACGAGAAGGACAUUCUCGUCACUUCUGCUAAGCUUUUGGGAAAUCCAAGAAUCUGUGAUUUGUUGGACGAUGCUGAGAGAUUGGAUGGCACAGAAGAGCUCACUCUAAAGACUAUAUACCUUGAACCUAAUACAGGAGUCGAGCAAUCUAUUCGUGCCAAAGGAUUUUGGUGGAGCGGGAAAUGUUCAAAAACGAGCAAAAGGCCGAGAUUGGAGGGCGGACCCGGGGACUAUUACGGCAUGGGCAUGGAUUUCUCUGCUAUCGAUCACAAUGCACCAACUACUGGACCAAGUUCCAGAGUUGAGAUGCCAUUACCGCCGCCGCCGCCUCCUUCUUCCAGAGGCCCUUGCAAACUAGCCAAGGUCCACACAGAAUCGUCACCGCAGAAACCCCGAAUAGAGAGCUUAAUGGAUAGCUCAGUGGAUAUACAGCCUGAAGCGCAGUCUUCUCGACUGCAAGAAAUGGGAAUUGCGGCAGGAGGAAAGCUGAUGCAGGAUAUAACCAAGGACACUUUGCCAAGGGGGAUAUGGAACACCAGCAGGAAAAAGCUGCUCGACAUCCACAUCCUUCAUCCGCUUGACUUCGAGGCCGUAACGCAUAUCGUUCCUCCUCCGACACCAAUCACCAAGGAGGAGUACAUAGCGGCAGGUAUUCCCUUUUACGCGGUAGAAGAGGACCCGGACGAGCGGCUCGACGGAUCUACAGUAUUGGCCGGGGUCAAGAGUGUCAGCGCCAUGGACGAGGAUGUCGGCGUGCAAAGCAGUGACACCAACUUUGACCCGCUGAAGCCGAAACGCUGCGCAAAGUGUGCGGUGCGGUUGUGCGAUUGCAUGUACGUCUCUCUCAAAUAUCCACUCUCAGAUUACGCAGAUAUUAACACUCUAUACUCCAGCAUUCGACCGUGCAACCACCAAUUCUGCCAUGUGUGUAUCAGGGCUGUUGCUUCGCCCACGAGUCGGGGACAAAGACGCUGCCCGGUUUGUUCAACUAAUGUCUCCCAUGUUGCGGGAUUCUCGGCGCCCAUGAAUAUCCCCGGAGAGGAAACUUUCAAGGUCGAUGUACCCGUGAUCAUGCUGGAGGUUGAGGAUGGGAGAGCGGCGUUCCAGUCUGUGGUAAAGAUGAGGUUGUAG